AUGCUUCGACUGCUUCUGGUGACGGCCCUUCUGGUCACGCUGCCCCCAUUCAGCCAAGAGGGUAUUCAGAACCUGUCGUGGGCAGAGACUACGAGACGGGCAUCCAGCUCGGUGGCGUCGUGGAUAAACAACAACGGCGCAUCUUCGGUCGGAUUGGAAGUCCGCCGGAACCUUCACACUGCCCGCGGGCCACACGCUCUCGCCGCUCGAGUCGCUGCUGGCCGUCAUGGAGCACUUGCCGCACCUCCCGUUGCUUCCGCCUUAACGCUUGCACCUGCUUUCGCCCUGGACCGGUCACCGCCGUUCACAGGUCGCAUUCCGAGUUUGACGGCUACAUGGACGGCUUCAUCGCGAAGGAGAAGGCAAAUCCUCGCCGAAGACGCUCGAAAAGCUGGCAAGGAUAAGAACAAGAACGAGCUGAUGCGGAACAAUCAAUUGACGGCUGUUCUGCGAGCGGACUGGCUCGAGCAAUGGGGUCUCCAUAGCUAUCAAGGCCUGCUGGCGCAGCUUGAUUGA